AUGCGUUCUCCAAUUAAUUUCUUAUAUGAGCCUUUCUCCAGCGGCAGCAGUGCGAUGCAGAACUAUGACCUUGAUCUAAAGUGCACUAAAUGUGGUGCCUUUUAUUCAAUGGAUUGUUCACUGCGAGAGCAGAAGGUCUGGUCUUGUCUAUUCUGCAGCCAAUCAAACCCAGGAGUUAGAUUACCGCUGGUGCUGCCGAACCCCUACACAUUGACUUCUGUGAAGGAAGAAGCACUUGAAAGAAGAACCAUUAUGAUUAUAGACGCUAUUUGCGAUCCUCAUGAGCUGGAUCAUUUAGUUUCCAUUCUAUGUAAUAGUUACAUUGCAAAUGAACAAGAGCCAUUAUCGAUAAUUACUAUCCAGCAAUCAGGUCAUGUGGUUUUACACAGUGCUGUGAAUCACAAACAUGAUGCUGUGUUUUCAAUAAAUGAAUUUAUGACCAAAUAUAAACUUGACAAAUUAAAUGCCAGUUACUUUGAGAAAAAAAUCACGGAGAAUAAUCAAGAGUCAUACUGGUUUGGUAAGUCUACUCACGGUUCGUUAAGAAAGCUACUAAAAGAAAUUUGCAAAAGUGCUAGCAAAGCGAAUAUCAAUUCUGGACGGGACAAGCGUUGUACCGGAUUAGCGUUGUUCAUUUCCUCCGUAUUGGCGUCUCGGUACAGUUUGUCAGGUUACAGCCACAUAGUCUCGUUCUUGAAUGGUCCAUGUACUAAAGGUAGCGGCAAAGUCAUGACAAGGGAACGUGGUGAAAGCAUGAGACAAAACCAUCAUUUUGAAUCUAAAAGUCCACAAUUCCAACUAUCCAAAAUUUCGACAAAAUUCUAUAUGAAAAUGUUCGAGAAAUUUGGAAAACAAAAUUUGAUCUAUGAGUUUUUUAUUGCUUCAUUGGAUCAAAUCGGUGUACUGGAAAUGGGUCCAUUAAUAACCUCGUCAAUGGCAGUUUCUCAGUUUGAUUCAUUUAAUGAUGAGAGGUUCAAAAAAUCUUUUCGGAAGUAUCUGAGCUUGCGUGACCACGACGCCAUUUAUAAUUGUCAAUCAAAGCUAAUAACCGCAAAGAACGCUAUUGUCGUAAAUGAAUUCCCCAAAUAUAGUUUAAAUCCUAAAAAUCUUUCUCUACCGGUAGAAAUCCCAGUGGAUCGCAAUUCAACUGAAGUUCUUAUACAGUUUCAGACUACGUUUGAAAAUAAAUCGGAAAAAUGUAUAAAAAUUGAAACCUUUUUACUGCCAAAGACUAGUGACUCAUUUUGGAUACAAAAUGAAAUUGUGUUCUCAAUGAAAAAAAUAGCCUCACAAAUAAUCAAUGGUUUCACCUACUCAUCUAGGCAGGCCAAAGGACUGAUGAAACAAUUGUUCCUAUUACCAAGCCAAUUCCGGGGAAUGGACUUAGAUGUGGUUAAGCUUAUAGAGUGGUGUUAUUAUAUAUAUAGGUCACCAAUAUUAUCGAUCAGGAAUACUUCGCCUGACGAGAGGUACCUUUUUCUUCAUCAAAUAAUAAACGCUAAUAAAGAUACAUGUCUUUCACUAUGUAAACCUUUCAUUUGGAGUUACAGUGGUUCGAAACACGACUGGACCGUAUCGAAUAUUCUACUAACAAGAGCCCAGGUACUCCAAGAUAAUAAAACUACCUUUUGUGUAGAUGGUGGCUCGUACUUAGCUUUAAGAAAGGGUGAACUUUUUCAAAAGGAAGGUCGCGAGCUCUGUUGCAAAAUUUUGAAUAAUUUGCAAAGGUUUCCGCAACCAUUAUAUGUUGAAACUAAAACUGGAGGCAGUCAAGACCGUUUCUUGAAAAGCAAAAUCAUUCCAUUGGACACCACUGACAAGGAAACUCUUGGCACAGAGGAUAUGACAUUCGGUGAAUUUUUCAACUUAUUCACCGUCUCAAAUAGAAGCAAAUAG